AUGGAUGUAUCGGCUCUGGCCAAGAAACUGUGGUGCGUCCACAAGCAGCUCAUCCUCGUCUUCACGCCACUGCUGUUUCUACCUCUCAUAUUUGCACUCCCGGAGAAGGAGGGAAAAUGCCUGUAUGUUGUGGUUCUGAUGGCCACGUUCUGGUGCACGGAGGCCCUUCCUUUAGCAGUGACAGCGAUGCUCCCAGUGUGUCUGUUCCCCACUCUGGGCAUCCUUACAUCCAAAAAGGUGUGUCCGCAGUACUUCCUGGAGACUAACUUCCUGUUCUUGAGCGGGCUGCUGAUGGCGUCGUCCAUUGAGGAAUGGGGCCUGCACCGAAGAAUCGCACUCAAAGUGCUGAGCAUUGUCGGAGUUCAACCAGCCUGGCUGAUCCUGGGGAUGAUGCUGACCACCUCCUUCUUGUCCAUGUGGCUUAGUAACACAGCCACGACCGCCAUGAUGCUGCCAAUCGCCAACGCCAUCCUGGAGAGUCUGUUUGGAGACCUGGAGGAGCUGAAACGCAAAUGCAGAAGCAAAGAGGAGCCAGAGAACGAUGCCAUUAAUGGUCACUCUACUGUCAAGCUGCAUUCACUUCCCUCCAUACCAUCGGAAAAACAAAUCUUAUCAAUAGAUAUCGAGGAGGCACCGGAACCCCCAGAAACACGCACUUCAGACGAGAUCCAGUCUGAGGCUCAGUACCAGCUCAAGGUCUGGAAAGGGUUCCUCAUCUGUAUCCCAUAUGCAGCCAGCAUUGGAGGGACCGCCACCCUGACCGGCACCGCACCGAACCUCAUCCUCAUCGGGCAACUCAAGAGUUACUUCCCCGAAUGUGACCUGAUAAACUUUGGUUCGUGGUUUGCCUUUGCCUUCCCGCUCAUGCUGCUCUUCCUGUUCGUGGGCUGGCUCUGGAUUGCGUUUCUGUAUGGAGGAUUGAACACACGGUUGUGCUUUAAACGAGAGGACCACAGGGCGAAGGCAGAGGCCAGGGCCGCAGCGCUGAUUGUGGAAGAUUACAAAAAGCUGGGGCCCAUAAAUUUCGCAGAAGGCGCAAUCUCGUUCUUUUUCCUGGUGUUUGCGAUUCUCCUGUUCACUAGAGAUCCCAAGUUUGUCACUGGUUGGGCUGUGUUUUUUAAAAAGGGGUAUGUUUCAGAUGCGGUCACUGGAGUCAUCAUUGUGUCCGUCCUGUUCUUUUUCCCGUCACAGAAACCUUCACUGCGCUGGUGGACUGAUCCACAUGCGUCCAACACUCCGUACGUCCCUCUUUUGUCGUGGAAAAAGGCCCAGGACUCAGUUCCCUGGAACAUCAUACUGCUGCUGGGAGGAGGCUUCGCUAUGGCCAAGGCCUGUGAGGAGUCUGGUCUGGCCUUUUGGAUCGGCGCUCACCUCGAGCCCUUGGCACAGGUCCCUCCGCCUGCAGCUGUCAUGCUCAUCACCGCUUUCCUCGCCUGCUUCACAGAGUUCGCCUCCAACACUGCCACCAUCAUCAUAUUCUUACCUGUCAUUGCUGAACUGGCUCUUCGAGUGUCGGUGAACCCACUCUACUUCAUGAUACCUGCCACAGUAGGAUGCUCCUAUGCUUUCAUGCUGCCAGUGUCCACUCCUCCGAACUCCAUCGCUUUUGCAUCGGGACAUCUCCGGAUUAAAGACAUGGUGAAGACGGGUGUGGUCAUGAACAUCCUGGGCAUCAUGUGUGUGUCUUUGGCCAUGAACACUUGGGGCGUGGCCAUGUUUGACCUGAACUCAUAUCCUGAAUGGGCCCAUUCCAUCAACAGCACUGCAGCAGACACCAGCAUCAAGAUUUCAACUUUCCAAAACUCUACGCUCUGA